GUGCUCUCUGCACUAGUGAUAUGACCUUUCAGGGAGGCACAGACCCCAGAGACAUUCCUGUUCUCUCCCUAUUUUUUACCCAUAAACAGUACAAAAAUAAGGAAUCUGGGGCUAAAGCACCGUGACUGGCUCAUACUCCUUCCUAUGUCUCCCUAUGGCACCCAGCUGUGCCUGUCAGUCUAGCCCAAGGGGGGCUGCACAAGUGUUUGGGAUUUGGGACUGGGCCGGUGGGUGGGAUUCACAUUGGCACUUCCUGUGGGAUAACCCUGCCCCCCCACAUGGCAGAGAGGGAAGUUUUAGUGCACACGGAUCUGCUCCCUGGUCUCAGCUCCCCGGUCAGAGAUACUGCGGCGCCUGUUCUGCUGCCAAUAUGGACAAAAGGCGACUUACCAGUGAUACCCAGGAUUCCCGGCUGCUCAGUUUCCCAGUAGUUAGACUGGAAAGGAUAAAGAAUGAUUCUGAGAAAUAUCAGCCGAUAUCUGAAGAAUUGCAGAAGAUGGAGCAAAGGAAAAUGAGUGGCCUUCCCCAGAGAUUCCCAGUGGUUCUGUUGGAGAGGAUAAAUAUUUAUUCAGGGAAUAAACUUUCUGAAGAUCUUCGAUGGAAAUGGAAUGGCCCUCAGAUGAAGAACAAGGAGGAGAGGAGGAGACUCUGUGCUGCUGGAUACAGACUGGUUCCAUAUGGAUCAGGAAUCACAGAGAUGAACAGGGAGAGGAGAGAAGGGCUUGGAGCAAGGAAGCAGACAGGAAGUGACACAAACAGGAAGUUCCCUACAUGCAAUGGCUUUGUUGCCAGAUCUGCCCACAGUAACCAACCUCCGGUGCUUCAGAAACCUCACGCCCAGGAGAUGAAUUCUGCCCCAAAAGCCCAACAGAACCAAAUGCCCCAACUUUGCACAGUAACUGGGGGGAAGCUGAUUGUAACCCCCAAAUUAACAAAACACACACAGCCUGAUGCUGAGGAAAAGCUACAUGGAAGUCAGAAAAAGAUAAACGUUAUUUCAGGGAAAAACCUAAAGCCAAGAAAGACAUUAGCCCAAAGCACAAAGCAAACUGUGUUCCCUAAACCAUUUGGGGUUAUAAAUCCGUUUGUCUGUGUUAAGUGCAAGAGAAGGUUCGGCAGCAAUGGGAACCUCCUCAUCCAUCAGCGCAUUCACACAGAGAGACCGUUCUCUUGCACUGAUUGUGGGAAAUGUUUCUCCCACAGAACCAUCCUCCGAGAGCACCGCCGGGCUCAUAUGGGAAAGGGGCCCUUCCCCCACAGCACUGGGGGCAAUAAAAUCCCAUCAGGUAAGGGCAACUUUCAGAGGCACCAAGGGGCGAGUGCUAAAGGGAAACCACUUACCUGCACUGAGUGUGGGAAAUCAUUCAAACACAAGUCUGAUUUGCGCGUACAUGAACGCACACACACCGGGGAGAAACCUUAUGUUUGUACCCAAUGUGGUAAAGGCUUUUCCCAGAAGGGGAAUCUUAAUACACAUUCAGUUAUUCAUUCUACAGAGAGACCUUUUAGCUGCACUGAGUGUGGGAAAUGUUUCCGUAUGAAGCAAUGUCUCAAAAAACACGAGAAGAUUCACACUGGGGUUAAAGAUUUUGUCUGUAGAGAGUGUGGGAAAUCAUUCAACCGCAAAUCUGAGUUGCAGAAACAUGAACGCACACACACCGGGGAGAAACCUUAUGUUUGUACCCAAUGUGGUAAAGGCUUUUCCCAGAAGGUGCAUCUUGAAUCACAUUCACUUAUUCAUUCUACAGAGAAACCUUUUAGCUGCGCAGAGUGUGGGAAAUGUUUCCGUUUGAAGCAACAUCUCAAAUCUCAUGAGAAGACUCACACUGGGGUUAAAGAUUUUGUCUGUACAGAGUGUGGGAAACAGUUCACUCACAAACGGAACCUCCGCCAACACCUGCUGACUCACACCGGGGAGAAACCAUUUGUGUGUAAUGUGUGUGGGAAAGGCCACAGUUGUAAGAGGCAUCUAGAAGCUCAUCUGCGCGUUCACACAGGAGAGAAACCCUUUGCCUGCACAGAGUGCAAUAAAACCUUCCGAUCAGAUCGUUGGCUCCAUGCCCACAAACUGACUCACACUGGUGUGAAGCCUUUUCAAUGCAAAGAGUGUGAUCAAUCCUUCACAAUGAAGGGGAGUCUUAAGAAACAUUCACUUAUACAUUCUACAGAGAAACCUUUUAUCUGCACAGAAUGUGGCAAAUGUUUCCGUAUAAAGGGCAACCUCAAAAUUCAUGAGAAGACUCACACUGGGGUUAAAGAUUUUGCCUGUACAGAGUGUGGGAAACAGUUCAUUGACAAACGCAGCCUCCGCCAACACGAGCUGAUUCACACUGGUGAGAGACCGUUUGUCUGCAGUGAGUGUGGGAAAAGCUACAGGCUGAAGAGGAACCUAAAUGCUCAUCUGCGAGUUCACACAGGAGAGAAACCCUUUGCCUGCACAGAGUGCAAUAAAACCUUGCGAUCAAGGAGAGGGCUAGAUAUCCACAAACUGACUCACACUGGCCUGAAGCGCUUUAAGUGCAAUGAGUGUGGUAAAUUCUAUAAAACAAAGUCAGAUCUUAACAUCCAUCAUCGGACACAUACAGGAGAGAAACCCUACCCCUGUGCCGAAUGUGGGAAGAGUUUUUCCACAAAGAAAAACUUACACGUACACGGUGACACUCACACUGGGAUAAAGCCAUACGCCUGUACAGAGUGUGGGAAAUGUUUUAGAAAUAAGGCUGAUCUGAAAUACCACCAAUCUAUCCAUACUGGGGAGAAACCAUUUCAGUGUACAGAGUGUGGGAAAAGCUUUCCAUCUCAAAGAGUGCUUAAUAUUCAUCAAAAGAUUCAUACAGGGGAGAAACCAUUUCAGUGUACGGAAUGUGGCAAAUGCUUCUGUUAUAGACGGUCUCUUACGGUUCAUCAGCGGAUUCACACUGGGAUUAAAGCUUUUGUCUGUACCGAGUGUGGGAAACAGUUCUUGGCCGAGCGCAACCUCCAGCAGCACCUGAUGAUUCACACCGGUGAAAAGCCGUUUGUCUGUACUGAGUGUGGGAAACAGUUCCUGGCCGAGUACAGCCUCCAGCAGCACCUGAUGGUUCACAGCGGUGAGAAGCCGUUUGUCUGUACCGAGUGUGGGAAAAAGUUCCCGGCCAAGCGCAACCUCCAGCGGCACCUGAUGAUUCACACCAGUGAGAGGCCGUUUGUCUGUACUGAGUGUGGGAAACAGUUCCUGGCCAAGCGCAGACUCCAGCGGCACCUGAUGGUUCACACCGGUGAGAGGCCGUUUGCCUGUACUGAGUGUGGGAAAAGCUACAGGGACAGGAGGAGCCUAAAUAAUCAUAUGAAUUCUCACACAUGAGAGAAACCUUCAGCCUCUAGAGAUUGUGGCAAAUCCUCUGAAUCAGACACACGUUUCACACAAAUAUAAAGACUAUUAAGGGCACCGUGCAUGGAAAUGGUUUCACAACAAAUACAGAACCCCAGGUUCCUGGGAGAACUUGCACUUAGGAGAAGGGCUUUUAUACAGGGGGGUCACUUGCGGGAGCCAGGUCCCUCCCUGUCAAAGAAUUCCCUGGUGUCUGGGGUGGCAGUGGGGGUGGGAGCUGGUACGGUACCGCUGGGCCUGUGACCUGAGCCACCAUCUCCCCCGGCUGUAUUGCAGCUGAGCGACUGCUUUUUAAUGUAACCGUGCCUUUCCAUGAAAUUAAAUAAUGACAGUCGUGGCCAUUACUGGCUGAUAAUACCCCAUGCAGAAAGAUGAUGUUAUCAUGGAGCAGCAGCCACUAUGUCUGGAAAAAUAUUUAAUAUCUUGGUAUGAAAUGAGUGCCCCCCCCCUUGUACUCCUCAUGAAUUGUACAGGUUCCAGCUAUUGAGUUUGUCUGCAUUCAGAUUAUGUAGAGGGGGCACAUCUGGGGGCAACAUGGUGCGUGUAGUCAGAACCACUGGUACAGAAUAGAAUGGGAUAGCAAAGGCCAGACACAAACUGCUUUUAAUCCCAACUGCAUAAAUACAUGACUUUUAACUCGUGGAACAAUUGUUAAGUGUUUUAGAAAGAGUUACAUUUGCCUACAAUUCUUACAUUUGGGUUAACAUACCCUUUAAAUAACCAUUUUGUAAAUAUAUUUUGUAAAGACUUAGUCAGUGCGCAAUGUUUUUAACAUAAUUAAAUGUGGUGACAUCCCUCCAUUAUAAACAAAAAAGAAACUAGGUUUCCUGAUAGGCCUGGUCUGGAAUACGUGAAGGGGCUGCUAUAAGAUGCCAUAGACAGUCGCUACUUAUUGGGCUGGGACAGUAAACGUAAAGGGCAACUACUGUGAAAAAUGUUUUUAAUAUAAACUUCAUCUCAUGGAAAUAAGAUUCCUUUUUCAUUCUGUCUUCAUGGAGGAGUCAGAGUCGGAUUUUGAUUGACAGAUCUAAUAAAUGUCUUUUUUGGGGGGGCGGAACCUUUGCCCAGAUGAUUCAUUAGAGCUCAAUCAUUCAAAACAACUCUGGCACCAAACCUGCAUGUAGAGAGACUGCUGAGAGAGGGAUAGUGAGAAAUAACCUUAUUAUUUCAGAAUCAAUAACAGAAUUUGUCAUUCGUUGUGUUUCAAGUGUUUACUUCUUUGACAUGAAGCUCAUUUUCAUGAUCAUUUUUAUAAUAGUUCCCCGGAAAGAAUUUUCAUGGAACAAGAGUGCAUCCCCCUAGUAACUAUGUAGGGUUUUGGGUUGGCCGAUUAUGCUCUGGAUCAAAAUGGGCCAUUGAUAACAGGUCACAUGACCUGAAACGUAGGGAGCUGCCACACAUAUUUCCCCAAGGAGCAGGAACAAGCUGACUUACCCUCCUUCACUGCUUGCUGAGGACAUUAGUGAAAACUUACCCCCCCAAUAGAUCGGGGAGACUGCAAACGCUGACAAACCCUGGUGCCCAGUGGAGGAGAAGGGCUUAUACAUUGGCUACAAUAGCAGGACUCAAGGUGAACACUGAUAAUUCUGCUAAUUAAGGCCCAAAUACUAUGUAACCUGAUCCAACAGACUGUUACCCGCACACUGGGAAAGGCUACUUGCCUGAUAUGGCUUGUGAGUUUGAUUUUAAUGAAUAAAAUAUGUUAUAAAUGUUUUUAUAAUCACUACUAUUGGCGCUCACCACUUGAUUUUAUUGUUUGCUGUUUAGUAUCAGGGGGCCUUGUAAGAUUUUGUCUCCAGUAAGAAUUAGUUAUAUCUUAGUUGGGAUCAAGCACAGGUA